AUGGCUUCUUCUACGACAGAAUCGUCUCCCUCUGUUGCUUCUGAUUCCUCUUUUCAACAUUCCCCUGACCCUUAUGCUAAUCCCUUAUAUCUUCAUGCGGCUGAUUCUUCCAGCAUUUCUCUUGUCACGGAUAAACUGGUCGAUGAAUCCAACUAUAAUUUCUGGGCUACGUCGAUGAUUCAGAUUCUCACCGCCAAGAAUAAGCUCGGCUUCAUCUACGGUACUAUUCUUCAACCUCCAGAAACUCAUUCGGAUUAUGGGGCUUGGAUCCGUUGUAAUGCCAUUGUGGGAACUUGGAUCAACAACUCUGUCUCUCCUGAUGUUAAAUCCAUGAUUAUGUAUAUCGAAAAUGCACAUCUCAAAUGGACUACACUUGAGACACAGUUUAAGCAGAAAAAUGCCUCCAAGAUUUUUCACAUCGAACAGCAGAUUGAAUCCUUACAGCAGGGUUCUCUUGAUCUUAAUACGUUUUUUACUAAACUGAACUCUUUGUGGGAGGAGCUGAAAAUGCAUGAUCCGAUUCCUGUUUGUGUUUGUGGAACCUGUACCUGUGAUUCAAAGACCAGAUUGAUGGAUUAUUGUGACAAAAAGAACGUUGUUCGUUUCUUGAUGAAGUUAUCUGAGUUCUUCCAUCCCGCUCGCCGUCAAAUUCUGAUGAUCGAUCCCCUACCCUCUAUUCGUAAAGUUUUUGGGAUGGUGGCCCAGGAAGAGCACCAGCGCAUUGCUCUACCGACUAUUCCUGACUCUGCUGCUUUCCAAAUGACCACCCCACCCUCUCAUAAACCUCGACCUUUUUCUACUCCUAAAACCAGACCUUUUUGUACUCACUGUAACAUCCCGGGUCACACUAUUUCCCGAUGUUACAAGAUCCAUGGCUAUCCCAUUUCUACCCGCCCCUCGCCCUCAAAUAAACCUGGUCUUUUGCCAAAACCCAAAUCUCCCUUUUCUGAUACUUUUCAGAAUCCUGUCAACAUGGUUGGCUCUGCUUUGGAUGGUUCUAUUGCUACACAGUCGCCUUUAGAACAGGCUCAGGCUCUUUUUGAUCAGUUUCAAUCUCAGCUUAAGGGGAUUAGUAACCUUGCUACUGACUCAGAUGCUGCUACCUCGUCUACUCCGACCCCUUCACCAGCUUCACAAAAUAUCUGGGUUAUAGAUACUGGAGCUAGUAGUCAUAUAUGCUGUGAUUCUCGCUUAUUUUCUGUUCUUAAUCCUAUUCCUACCAUCCGUAUUACUCUGCCAAAUGGAUCCACUAUCCCAGUGACUCAUUCUGGACCCUAUUCGGGCCUUGAUGAUUGGGAGGGGUAG